UAUGUACUGUGCAACAGAAAAGCAAAGAAGGCGAGCAAUAAGUUGUACCCGCGCUCUGGUUGAAUGUUGAUUGCAAUUGCGAUUAUAUUUUCGUUCUGCGGUUCGUUCGGAAAUAGGAGUGUCCGCAAAGUGAUCAUCAUUUUCAAACGUUACAGUUUUAGAGUGAAGUUCCGGUGUUUGCUGUGAGGGAACGCGAACGGCCAGCAAAUUCGGAGUGCAAAUUCCAGCUUUGCCAUUCAUGCUAUGGAAGUAAACAUUGGCAAUGGCACCAACAUCAAUGACCCGAGCACAAAAACCGAAUCUAAAGCGGCAGAAUCCGUGAAGCCUCCUCCACCGGGGGGUGGAGCAUCUAUUGCCGAGUUAAGUAGAAGUUCAUCCAAAGACGACAGCACUUGUGGUCCAUCGAACGCCGACGUCUCAACAACGUCAGCAACAGGAGGGGCCACAAGCCAUAAAUCAGUAUCGGCCACAGUCGUCAGUUCGACAACUUCGAAAGCCAUUUCGCACAAAUUAAACGACAUCAACCUGCAGCAGAUCCCAACCGAGGAACUGCUCGGAUCGGUUACUACAUUCUACCCCAGUGGCGAUGCAGAAUGUGGACAUGCAUUGCGAACAAGUGCUCGAGUUAUUCACAAGAUGCGGAUGGAUUCCAUCCGUGGAACCACUCCGCCGCCACAGGAUAGAAAAGACGGUGCAGGUGCCAGUAGCAGUGGAAAAGCUGGAUCAUCCGGUGGGACUGGGCAAGCCAAAACACCCAACCAGCAGAAGCAGGCUCGAAUGGUGUGGAGUAAUCAGGAUAAAAACCUGUUCUUCGAGGCGCUUAAUGAAUAUGGGAAAGACUUUGAAGGCAUUGUAAAUUAUUUAAACACAAAGAAACGCCGAAAGGACAGUAACAGUGAGAACGCAUUUAAGGUAAAAGAUGUGCGUCAUUUGUACUAUCAAUUCAAUCAAAAGGUGGCCAAAUAUUUGCAUUUCUCUGACGAUGUUAAGAAGGAGGCACAAGAGCUGUAUGGUCUUAUCAAUUACGGCGAAAUGAGAAAGAAGGUUCCAUUUCAGAACAAAAAGUAUUUCCACAAGCUUAAGGAUUUGGUGUAUAAAGGGGCGACCAUGGUUCGCGAAAAGGGAAGGAAUAUUCGUAUUAAAACACCUUCCUGCCGAGCAUUGAGGAAACUCAAUCAGCUGGAAGAAUGGCAGGAGGAAAUCAAACUGCCACCUAGGAUAGAUGUUAUCCUAAAGCCCAGUACUGUCAGUGCUUGGGGACGGGUCCAAUCGCUGGCGCAAAACCCACGUGUGAGAACGUCUGCAACGCUGCAGAAAAGACUCUCGAUAUUACUGCAUUUGCUGCAGCAGAAGUGGCGACACCAGGAUGUCCGUCUAUCGGAGCGAAUCUGUCAUCUGAAAGCUACCAGUGGUAAUAUCACCUCGAAAAUAUCCCGACAAAAGGCUCUGAAUGAGUUGGAACUUUGUACAAAGAUUAACGAAGAGCGUGAGCAAGGGGAAAGCGCUAAAAUCCUGUGCAUCACACCGUCCAAAGACGCAGUAAUUCAUCGGCCGAUGAUCAAUCUGACCGAGUUUCUCAGCAGUUACAGUAUUUGCUUGAAUUCGUACGAACAACGGAUCGGAGCGAAAGUACGUGGCGAAGCGCUCUGUGCGGAGAAGUUGCAUCACUUUAAGGAACGAAUGGGGGCAAAUUCGAAACGGCAACGUCAUGACAGUGGUUCGGAAAAGCACAGUCCGGACGGGAAGAAAGCCAAAUCGGAUCUGAAGGAUAUCAAAGAGGAGAAGGUGGGAGAGAGCAGUACCGUUGGUAAUUUUUCUGAGAUUUUCAAAUCUCCGAAUGCCUCCAGUGAUUCGGUCGAUCAGUUGCAACAUAAGGACAACGAGAAUAGCGACGGCGAAUGUCAACCAUUGACUAAACCUUGUCUAGUGCUUGUCACACCAACGGAUAUUGCCUGUGACGAUUCGGAUUUAAAAAGUCCGGAAUCUAACGAUUCGACUAAAUUGUCGGGUUUGAGUAAGAUUAAGUUUGAAAAUGACACCAUCGAAUCAUCGACUAGAUUGGAAAAUUCGAACGAUGGUAUCGUAUCGGAAACGGAGCAACCGAAGCUGUUAAAAUCGGAAGAAGUCGGACCAGAAUCAUCGACUGUUGUGCCAGAAGAAAUAAUUAAAACAACGGUUAAGCGAAAAGAGCCUAGAUGUGGCAAACGAAAGGAUUCGAAAGCUGGCAUAAAUCAUAUGCACUUUCGCCCUUUGAUAUCGGAGGAAACAAUUCAGAAAAUACGGGAAGGUUGGACGCUUCAAACCGUAGGAGAUUUAACUGUUGGAGAUUUAUACAUCAUGUUUGGGGAAGAGAAUAAAUUAUAUCUGGAAUACUGCUGGGUUAAACCAAAGGAAGAAAAAACUGAAGCAGCAGCGGAAGUAGUGGAUGCGACAGCCAAAGCCGAGUCCUGCGAUGCUUCGGCGGUUAACGACAAAAAAGAGGCAUCGUCAUCCGAUGGACACGCAAACGGCCCCGUUGAGACAGUUAAACCCGUAGUCUACGAUGAGAUUAAUCUAAGUGAACGACUGAAGCAAUUGCUACAAAUUGCCAACCUAAAUGAAAAGACUGGCAAACGGCGAUGUCCCUGUGGACACGUUUGCGACAGGAGAAUUAAGAACGUCGAUCCAAUCAUCAGUGCUUCCACCUUGAACGACAAUAUACUGUUCAAGCAGCCCAUGAUACCAGUUCGCAGCAGUAACGUCGGUCUCAUGCCCAAUAGCAACGCCCUGCCUCCACAGCACAUGCGCUACAAGCAAUCCCGCUGGUGGCGAAUGCGCGUUAACCGACAAUUGGUGCCUUCGCAACGGUUGAUGCUCCCACCCAAUGGUUUUCAUUCGCCUGCUGUCCCUGCCGGGCGGAAUAACAAUAACAACUACGCCAGCCUUUCCAAACCGGCACCAGCACCGGUUUCAUCCUCCGCCAACCCAAAAGCUGCCGGCAGCAAUAAAAGUGCCAAUGUGGUGACUGCCCCCGCUAAGGAACGCAGUAUUACUCCUCCGCCGAACGAAGACGACCAGCUUACGAAGCUACUGGAAGACAAAAUCAACAGCUUCAGCAACAACGGGUCGAAUUCGAAUACGGGAAAAAGCACUGUCAACCUCAGCGACGAUAACAGCUGUCUCAGUUUGUUCGAUGUGUCGCUGCCAUCUACCUCUUCGACGCUGAUUGCCGAGCUGAUGAGUGGAACGGAUUCCGCUCGAGGCAGCUCUGUAGAAGAUGAUGAAAACAGUAACCUCUCCUCAAUUUCGGCGACUCGAAUUCUUCGCGAAUCUACCGACGAAAAGCUGAUCGAAACGGACAUGAACGAUAUUUCGCUCAGCAGUUUUCUCGGUCAUCUGGAUGCGGUGUAUGAGAGUGAAACCGUAACGCGAAAAAGAGAUUCUGAUCAAAUGAACAUCAGUAUUAUCAGCGAAUCUAGCGUGGAUUAUAUCGCUCGCUUCGAGGACAUCGCAGCAGAAUUGAGGGCUCAACAGGAGCAAGAUUCUGUUUAAAACACUAAAAAGUACUACAGGGAUUUUGCUUCGAAUCCAACACACAAUAUACACCACAAAAGCUUUACGAAACGGAUCAAAGUUUACUCUUCUGAAUGUAAAACAUAUUAAAGUUAUCAACACAACUAUCCUCCAUCGGUUAUGGCAUAAUUUGUAACAUUUUGAUGCCAACAAGGAAAUGUUGUUUGCAACUGUAUUCGUUUGUUGAAGAAACUGGACACAUUUCUGUUAUUUUGCUAUGCUAUUCUCUAGCAGUCUUCACAGACGUACCCAUAAAUUUAAAUAUUAGCUCGUAGCUCAUACGAAAUGCAGUGAAUUAGGUCAGUGUUUUUUCUUCUGAUGUGUUAAUUUGGUUAAAAACAAACUAUUUAUUACUGUUAAAUUACUGAUCCAGAUAUUGGAGUAUGUUUUUUUCUGGCUUUAAAA